UUCUAAAGCGUGGAAGACAGUUACUCGUCGUGCUUAUUCCGUUGCUACAGGUCGAGCGUUGCUUUCCCUCAGUUAACGCCCGUCUGAUUUCCCUUAGCUGCUGCUCACCAACUGAAAAUAUCUCCCGCUUGGUUUCGCGUGAUGUAAAUCCCUCUGGCGCCCCUGCUCUCUGGACCGCACAGAUAUUCUAUCUGGUCUUACUCCUACGCUGUUAUUUGAUCUCGCCUCCUUCAGUUUGCCCGGCGCCUAGGACUCUGCCGUGCGGCAGAUAAUCCUUUUCCGACGGCAAAGGCUUAGGAGUUUGGAUGGCGUAUGAGCUGCUGCAAUGGAUAUCCAGACUUAGGGUUGAUUCUGAUUUCUGCACCAGUUUCACUCUGUUCUCCAUCUGUUCUACUACGCAUUAAUUUGAAUACACCUUCCGGUAUUUUCACCCCCUUCUUCCUAUACCAUAUUUCUUCAGUUUUUUGGUGACAUGAUUUCUAUUUCCUUUCGAUUCUCAUUAAUCAUAUUUUUGGAUAUGUGUUUAUGCGGCUGAAAUGUCAUUUGUCAAUUGUAUGUCACACAGAAAAGUUUCUGGUAUUGUAUUUUCAGAUUAUGAUUGUUUUCCUAUUUUGAUAUGUCUUAUUGAGGAUAUUGGAUUUGCAAUAACUCAUGUUUAUUUUGUGUAGGCCUGGUAAUCUUCUCUGGUUAAAUCUCUCGAUCCCCUUACUUCAUUUGAUUUUUUCUUCUAAAUUUUAUGUCAACAAUCAAUUUUGUUUUGAUUUCUUGCAGAUUCAGGUAAGCUUCCAUUUGUUUUUUCCUCAUUGAAUUUACUUGUGAAUUAUCUUCUUGUAUUGGAUUUUUAUUUCAAUAGUCCAAAUGAAUUUCAAAGUUGUUGAAUCUCAUAUUGAUAGAGCAUGUAGGUUCUGCUUAAUUGCUUUUGGGGAUUGAUAUUGGUUCCAACUAUUUGUUGGAGAGGAUCGUAUCUUUAUAUUAUCUAUGUACAUGUAAGAUUAAUUUUUUCUUUGUUUAUUCAAAUUUACUUUUUUUGUAGAUCUCUUACUCAUAAUGGGUUGAUAGGUUUCAAGAUGGAUGUUGGAAGGAUGCAAAUGCAGGCUUUACUUGGCUUUAAUACUCUGAAGAAAAUUGAGUUGAUGAGGCAAUUGUUGGUAGUAUUUAUUGUGCUUUUAACUGAUUAAUAGCCUAUUUGAGAAGUUUUUGCUGCAGCUUUUUCUUUUUGUGGUAACUUAUAGUCUCUCCAGAUGUUUCAGGGCUGUUAACUCACUAAUACUUGGGUUUUUGUGAGCUCGAGACUUAGUUAAAUGUUCGGAGACCUCCAAACAUGCAUCUUCCCUUCUCUCGCAUGCCUACCUCUCACAUACUCGGAUUUUAUAGCGUCUUUCAUUCACUCCACCAGCGGGUAAAUGGUCGUGAACGUACAUUGUCGCUAGCAAGCCAGUGCUCCAAACUACUCAACCUUGAACUACUUACUUAAUUGAUGUUAGUAGAUCAGUUUUGUUUUACUGUAACAAAGACUACUUAGAAUUAAUGAAAUAUCUUUUCAGGUAAUUUUUAAUUCCUUAUAACUAAUACUUGUACUACUUAAACAUUUGCUACUUGACAUACGUAUAUAUAACCUAAUCAACUAAGUUUAAGAUUUACUUUAGCUAUUGUUAUAACAAGUACGUAUAAAACCUAAUCAAAGGGUUUUAAAGUUUGUUAUUUUUAUUCUGUUUGAUUUUAGAUUUUGGAAAUGGAAAGGUGUUUAGUAGCUAUGUUUUUCUAACUGUUUUUAUUUUCUAAAUCUUUUCUAAAAAGGUGAUUUUGACUGAAAUCAUAUUAAAUUCUUUUAUAGUAAAAUAAAUUUGAUUACAGUUCCAAAAUUAGAGGCUAAAGACAUAGUAUUAAAACUUAGAUAUGAAAUGAAUCCUGAUUCCAGACAUUUGAAUCACAAUUGAUUUUAAGUAGGGGACUUCUUUCAAACCACGUAGUAAAAUUAAGUGAUAAGUACUUAUAAUCCAGGUACUAUUAAGCAGAUGAGUUCUUUUAAAUCACUUAGUAAAAUUUGAAAAGAAAGAAGUCACCUGGUACUAUUAGAGGCAUCAAACAUACUUAACAUCUAUACACCUAUCUCAAUUUAGAUACACCUAAGUACAAGACUGCUUUAAAUCAGGCCAAUUUCACUCAAUGAGAAAUUUUUCCUACUCUUAAUGAAAUGUUUUUUCUGAAUUGGAGUUAUGCUUGCUUACUGCUGUUAUGCUCUUUGAACUUUGUAAGUUUACUAAUGUUUUGUUUGUUGCAUAGUAGAGACAUAAGAAACUGUAGUGAUUGGUCUUUUCAACAUGAUCUUUUUUGGUGCUCCUGGGGGUAGCAGAGGCUCUGCAGAAUUUGAAACUCUGACUCUUGGGUCUUUGCCACCAACUCUGCAAGGUAUGAAGGUUUAUCUUAAUGAUGAAAAAGAGUUAAUCUUGGAGCCAUCAUUCAAAUGGGCAGGGAAUCCUAAUAUUACUUUGCUUUUUAAGCAUUUGGAUUAAAAGCAACUGCCAGAUUUUGCAAUCGUCAUGAAUACGAGUGCUUGAUUUUUUGCUAAGUCUUGAUAAACAACUAACCGAUUGCUGGAUUUUUCAGCUUGUAGAGUUUUAGAUCUUUACAGCACCACGCAUUACCCUGAAACCUUUGGUCUCAAGCUUUCCAUGUUUCUGCAAAAAAAUUGAGUCACUUAUGGAUAAGGUAAUCCUGAGUCCCGACUGACACUUUGUGCUACUUGUCAUGCCAGUAUGCUCCUAGAAAAUAGAAGCUUAUGUUCAUAUUGGUGGUAGCUAUUCAGAGUUAAACAAAUCAGAAGAAAAACACCACUACAUAUGUAUCCCAAUCUAUUUACAGGUAGCCGGCCUACAGGGUAAGUAAAUAGAUCUUGCAAUAACUUCUUCUUAAGAAGAUAUAUUUGUUCCUUGCACACUGCAUAUUCCAAAUAAUCCUGGAUCGAUCAAUCAACAAUUUAGACUUUCAUCUCAUGAUAUUCCUUAUGGCAGCAUCCAUUUUUGGGAAAAACUAUUAUGCUUAUAUGCCUAUAUGGUACCGUGUGUAUUUUUAACAUUGGGUGCUCAAUUUGCUAGGCCCUCCCUGUCUCAUUUAUGCGCUUCUUAUGUACUUGCCUGAAGCAACUGAUGUUGCUAAUGCUGUCUUGGAUGGUAGGUCUUUCAACAUCUUGAAUAAUCUUUGAAAUACAGAGUAUAUUUUUCAAGUUUAUGCAUCUUAGAGCUCCUCCACUUUCCUCUCACCUUCCCCUGUAUUUCACCCAUUCAAACACAAACAAGUGCUUCACUUUCAUCUACUCCCCUACCAAACCAUUCAACCAAACAAAAGCUAAAACAAAAGCUUCUCAAUGCUUUUGGCGCACAUAUGCUGAAGCUUCUGAUAAUGAUCUACCUAUAGCGACAUUUUUCUUUGAGAUGUAAGUAUAAUCUCGUUAUAUAAAACUUCAAUUUGUAUAUUGAUCAAAAAUUUAUAUUUCUUCAAGAAUUGUGUCAUUUUAUUUGUUCACAAACUUUGCAUGACAGAUCUGAAGCAUGGGUAAGCAGCCUAUUUUGAUGCAGACGUCAAUUGGUUAUUUGUCUUUCAUAUUUUAUUUGUUCACAAACUUUGCAUGACAGAUCUGAAGCAUGUGUUCUUGUACAUUGUAUGAGAGGAAUAAACACGUGUGAAUGCUUGUUUCAUUAUACCUCUCUCAGUUGAGGGAUAUGGGCAUGAUGUUGGUUUCAGAGUCCAUUUUAAAUAUUAAUGAAAGUGAAUUUGUUGAUUAGUAAAUGGUAUUGUUAAAUGCACCAAACUUUUACAAAUAAAUCAUAGUUAAAUGUUUGAUUCAAGCUUUAAAAGUUAUCUCGACUUUCAGGUCCCCUAAUUACUUUAAGACAAUUGAAACUGAAGGUUGGAAACUUGCACAAAGCUAUCAACGGGUGAAAGAGCGUAUGCGAGAGAUUGAACUAACUUGAGGUUUUUCGGCAUUCCCCAGCUAUAUGGAAUUUCAAGAUUUUUUGUCCUCUGCCCUUGUCAAUUCCCAGCCGAGUCUUUCAUCCGUCCUUGUCCCAGUCGUCGCCUAAAUACUCCAAGAAGAGGAUGGAGUACCAAGGGAGAAUUUGCAUGUCCUAUAUGUGGAUUUGGUACUGCUUCAAAAUAGCUUCAAUUUGGAAGAAAGUUUUGUUAUAUGUGUCAUAGGAGAUGACUUCCAUCUAACCAUAGGUGGCGGUUUGAGACUCAAGCUUUUAAUGGAGAGCAAGAGCUACAGGUCGCACCUGCACCUAUUUCUGGGCAUUCAGCUUUACAACAUUUAGACGGGCUUGAGUUUGUGAGUUAUAAUGUCAAUAAUGGUCCAUGAAAAAAGAAAAGCAUUUUCUUUAUGUUGCCUUACCGGAAACAUUUAUUGUUACAUCAUAAGUCAUAACCUUGAUGUCAUGCACAUAGAAAAAAUGUGUGCGAGAACAUUUUUGGAACUUUGUUGGGACAGGGUAAAAAGUCUAAAUACAAUUACAAAUCAAGAUUAGACUUACAAAAAAUGGGUAUAAAAAAAGAACUUCACCCGAAAAAAGCGUCAAGUGAGCAAUAUAACGUACUUGCCUCGAGCAUGCUACCAAAUGACUCGAUCAGAAAAGGAGGCUUUCUUGAAAAUUCUUAUGUAUAUCAAACCACCUGAUGAUUUUUAUUCCAACAUCUCUUGUUGUGUGCAAUUGAAGGAUAAAAAACUUUUAGGGCUAAGAAGUUAUGAUUGUCACAUGUUGAUGCAAGAAUAUCUACCUAUUGCCCUAAGGGGGACAUUGCCAGACAAUGUUUCAUCAAUUAUCAUUGAACUGUGUUAUUUUUUUUAAGGCAAUUUGUUGUAAGAACUUGUCUAAACAUGACAUCUAGUUUCUUGAAAAGAAGGUUACACUAACCUUAUGCAUAAUGGAACUAUUUCCUUCUUUCUUUACUGUUAUGGUGCACUUAGUGGUUCAUUUGGUUGAAGAAUUGAGGAUGGGAGGUCCAGUAACUUUUAGGUGGAUGCAUUCUGUUGAAAGGGAACUUCUCACACUAAAGUCAUAUGUUCAUAAUAGAGCUUAUCCAGAAGGUUCAAUCGCUGAAGGUUAUUUAGCUAUGGAAAGUUUAACAUUUGUCUCUCGAUAUCUCUCCGGUGUUGAGACAUUGUUUACUCGAUCUGUGAUAAAUGACGAUGAGGGUGAGCAAAAUGAAAUUGAAGAGUUAAACUCACUUUGUCCUGGGCGUCCAUUAAGAAAAAGCAGAGAUUGUAAUGUCUCUUUUCGAAAGAGAAAGAGAGUAUCUCGUUGUGUGCUUGACAAGAAGUUGCUGAUACAAGCACAUCGUUAUGUCUUAUUUAAUGUCGAGUCAGUCAUGCCAUUUAGAGAGGAACAUAAAUCAAUCGUUAAGAAUAGAAAUAGUUCACGGCGACGACCCGAAUAUGAGAUUGAAAGACUUCAUUGCCAAGAAUUUAAUGAAUGAUUCCAAAACGGGUAUCUCGUUUAGUAGAAGAAGGUGAUGCAAGAGUGAGUGAGGAAGUUAAAUGGCUUGCUCUUGGCCCCCACACCUCUGCAAAGACAUAUUCUGGUUAUUUUGUUAAAGAGUAUCGAUUCCAUACAAUGGAUCAUGAGAAAUUCUUGAAAUCACAAAAUAGUGGCAUUGUUGUAACGCUAAAGAGUGAAUGUUAUGCUAGCUCCCGUGAUAAACAACCAGUUCUUGGUAUGAUCAACUAUAAUGGCUCAUUGAAAGACAAAAUUGAUUUGAACUAUUCUGGUAAACUACGAGUGAUUUUGUUCAGAUGUGAUUGGGUUGAUGUGAAUAGAGGUGUGAAGCGAGAUGAUAUGGGUACAACGCUGGUUAACUUUUCGUAUUUGGCACACAUAGGAACAAAUUUGCUUGAUGACCUCUUUGUUCUAGCCUCACAAGUUAAGAAAGUCUUCUAUGCUAGAGAUUGCAAGUCUAAGGAUUGGUUGGUUGUUAGGCAUGUCAAAGUUAGGGAUAUGUUUCAAAUGGGAAAUAAUGUUGAUCAUAGUAUACAUACGUCAAAUGAUGCAAUAUUUGAUGUACCAAACCUGCACAGAGUUGGAGUUGAUGAUGAUAAUGGAGUUGAUGUCACUCCAAUGAUGGAACAAGAAGUUAUGCAUGAUGAAGAUGAUGAAGAUGAAGAAGCUAGCAUUGUUGGUACUUAAAUUGAUAUAGUUCUUAUUAAUUAAGUUUAUGUUGUUGAUAUAGUUCUUAUUAAUUAAGUUUAUGUUGUUCUGUAUUGGAUGUGUACUGAUAGUGCUUUAACAACUAUCUAAUUCAUAAUAUCUUCUAGUUAUUUGUUCAUGGUUUGUGUGUAUCUUCUCCUAAUAAAAUAAUCAUUUCACAUAUUGUGUGUUUGUUAUACCC